AUGGCUGAUACACUACUCAUUGAUCUCUUCAAGAAGUUGGGUUCAAUCGCUGUUCAGCUUGCUAAGCAAGAGAUCAACUUGCUAGUUGGCGUUGAUAAGGAAGUCCAAAAGCUUCAAGACAAGCUCGGAAUGAUCAAGGCAAUGCUGGACGAUGCUGAGGAAAGACAACCAGUGAAGCUGCGUACUGAGAAGAAUUGGUUAGAGCGGCUCCAAGACCAGUACUAUGAGAUAGAUGACAUCUUGGACACCUGGAACACUGCAAGGAUCAGAGCAGAGAUUGAGAAAGAAGAAGGAAAACCUGCUGAUACUAACGCUCCUGCUGUUGUCAAGAAGAAGGUAUGCUCCUUCGUCCCAUCUCCAUCAUGUUGUUUUAACCUUCCUCUGCGUCAUGAUGUUGGUCACAUGAUAAGAAAACUGAAUGAAAAGUUAGAUAUGAUUUUCAAAGACAAAGCAACCUGUGGGAUUGACUUUAAUAGGCAACCUGAUGUAGUUAAGCGACAAACAACCACGUCCUUUGUGGAUGUGUCCCAUAUAAUUGGUCGUGAUAAAUAUAGGGAUGAUCUACUAAGAAACUUAUUAGAUGUGGGUAGUCAAGAUGAAAGAAAUUCUUAUCGUGUGAUCUCCUUAGUGGGUAUGGGCGGUAUUGGAAAAACAACUCUUGCCCAACUAGCCUACAAUCAUCCUGAUGUGCAAGCCCAUUUUCAAAAAAGAAUGUGGAUUUGUGUUUCUGAUCCAUUCGAUCAGUGCAAGGUUGCCAAAGCAAUCAUUAAGGAGGUUGACCCUAAACAUGGACCCCUUGAUGAUACUGAAUUGCAAACUCUCUUGUGUGAAAUUCAAGAUUUGAUUAAGGAGAAGAAGUAUUUUCUUGUCUUAGAUGAUGUGUGGACUGAACACUCUGAAGAAUGGGAGCCGUUCAAACAUGCUUUUGAAAAUGGUGUUCGUGGCAGUAGAAUUCUAGUAACCACACGUAAACUAACAGUUGCAAAAAUGAUAGGGAGUGCCCUCCCUAUAAAUUUGGAGGUAUUGUCUGAUGAAGACUGCUGGUUGAUUUUUAGGAUGGCAUUUUCUAACGAGGAGGAUCUCAAGAAUCUAGAAGAUCUUGGCAGAAAACUAGCCUUUAAGUGUAAAGGCUUACCGCUUGCAGCAAAGCUUCUAGGUAGCCUCAUGCAGAACAACAGAAGUAGAGAACAAUGGAAUAAGAUUUUGAAUAGCAAUUUGUGGGAAUUGGAAGAUAUUGAAAAUAUUGAAAAAAGCAUUCUGGCACCAUUGCUUUUGAGUUAUUAUGAACUACCCCCAACAAUGAGACGUUGUUUCUCAUAUUGUUCUGUCUUUGCAAAAGAUUAUAUCUUUCGUAGAGAUCAAUUGGUCCUCCAUUGGAUGGCACAAGGAUAUGUUGAGUCAAAGACAAAUAUGGAGAUGGAAGACAUAGCAGAAGCAUACUUUGAAAAGUUGGCCAUGCGCUCUUUCUUCCAAGAUUUCAAGAGAGAUGAAUAUAGUGAUGGCAAGAUAAUAGGUUGCAAAAUGCAUGAUAUAGUGCAUGACUUUGCUCAAUUAAUGACAAAAACUGAAACCUUCGAAACUGAUGGUGAUAAGGAGAUAGAUUGUCAAAGUGCACGUCAUUUACAUUUAAAAAUUUCAAAAGAAAGGCAUUGUCUUGAAUCCAUCUAUCGUGCAAAAAAUCUACGCACUCUCUAUCUUCUUUCGCGUGAAAAGGAUUAUGAGUUUGAGAUGCUCAACUCAUUCCAUCAUUUUAAAUGUUUACGAACAUUAAUUUUGGAUUGUCUAAUUAAGAAACUUCCAGAUGCUGUGGAAAAUUUGAUACAUUUAAGGUGUCUCUUUAUAUCUGAGAAUGUUGAAAUAGGGGAAUUGCCUGAAACCUUUUGCAAUCUAUGUAAUUUACAAACUUUGAAAAUCGAGAAUUGUCCUUAUUUCAAGAAAUUGCCACAAGGGAUGAGUAAACAAAUUAAUUUAAGACAUCUUAUAUUUCAUGAUCGUAGUUUUUCGCGAGAUGUGGUAUUUCCAAAAGGGAUUGGGAAAUUAAUUGGUCUUAGAAGAUUAAGUGAAUUCAACAUAGGUGAUAAGAAUGGUACAGAAGGAUGUAAACUUGGAGAGUUAAAAAAUUUGAAUCAACUUCGAGGGACUCUUCGAAUAUGUGGGAUGGAAAAUGUGGUAAAUGUGGAUGAGGCUCAUAAUGCACAAUUGAAAGAUAAAAUACAUCUCCGUGGAUUGGAUCUAAUGUUUGGAGAAAUAUUUUACCCCAAACGUGAAGAAAGAAUGGAGAAUGACGUAAAAGUAUUGACUGCCUUAGAGCUACCACCAAACUUGCAACGUUUAACAAUUAGGGGCCACAAGGGCAACACAAUUUAUCCUACUUUGCCUACUUUGGGGCAGGUGCCAUCCCUUGAAGUAUUAGAGAUAGAAUGGCUUGUUAAUGUGAAGAAGGUGGGAGAUGAAUUUCUGGGAAUAGAAGAUUCCAAAAACAAGAAAGACUACGGCAUCAUAUUCCCAAACUUGAAAUCUCUCCAAUUUAAGGAGAUGAUCAAUUGGGAAGAAUGGAUUGGGAUGGGAGGAAGGGGAGAAAAUGAUAAUGGUAUUGUUACAAAUCCGAUAAUAAUGCCACGUCUUCAGUCCUUGGAAAUUUAUUGCUGCAAAAAACUAAAGUCUCUGCCAAACUACUUGCUUACUGCUCCAUUAUUGAAGAAAUUGGAGAUCUCUUAUUCAUCGCUUCUUAUAAAACGUUGCCAAAGAGGGACCGGAGAGAACUGGCACAAGAUUUCUCAUAUCUCUAACAUCAAGUUGGAUGGGAUGUGGGUGCAAAGAGACGGUGAACCCCAAUCUGAUUCAAAGAUAUAUGGAUCGGAUUGUGAAAACAGUCCGGAAGUUUAG